UUAGCUCAACAUCGUUUGAAUGACAUGGUAUUUGUCAAGUACAACAGAGCUUUGCAGCGUCGCAUGAAGAGAAGUGAGGCCACGGAUCCUAUUAUCCUAGAGGAGAUUGAUGAAAGCAAUGAAUGGUUGAUGGGAAGAAUGGAUGGGAACUCUGACAGUGAUGAACUAGAUGAUCAUGUCUUCGAGAAUGAAGAUCUGACAUGGAGUGAAGCCACUGGAGCUGAGGAACCAACCUACUCUACUAGAGGAACAAACGCUUCAGCUGCUGAGAAGGGAAAAGGGAUAGCAUCUUCUUCAACUCAAACAAGAGAGAAACGAUAUGGUCCAGGUCCCUCUGUUCUAUCUCUUGUUGAUAUUGAUGAGGAUGAACCGGAAAUUGAUUUGGAACUACAAGCAGGUGGUUUCGGUCAAGAUGAGGAAUGGGAGUUUCCAGAUGACUCUGAAACUGAGUUUUAG